AAAAAAUAACAAUUUUGUAGUUUUGUAAGGCGGUUCGAAUCCGGAUGUUACCGUGCAUUUUAUUUUAUUCAUUUGACACCGGUUUCCUCUUCUCACAUUGUUUCGAUCUCGCUUGAUUAUUUUGCAAUUAUAAAUAAAUUUUAGGGAAGCUGUAUUCGGACCUCACAUUAAACUUUGGAUAAAUGCAACUAAAAUACUGCUCAUUUCCUGAUGGUUUAAAGCUUAUACUCGAAACAAUCUUGAGUUUUCGGAAAGUUCAUUGAAGAUUUGAGUGGAACCAAGAAUUUUUAAUGGUUUUCGAAUAAAUUCUAAAAUUCUGCCGAAGCCGGGUUUUUGGUCUAACGUAUCUGACAAAAUAUUUCCCCUCCGAAGCAUUUUAACAAGUAACAGCUGUUUCAACACGUUAUACUCGAGUAUUGAAAGGAAUUUGUCUCGGACCUCUAUCGUUCCUUGAAUAAUCAUCUUAGAGUAGUUUCCAUUUUUAGCGUCAUAAUAAUGCAUUUCUAUCUAUCCUCAUCUGAACACUUAAAUAUCGGUGCAAAAAAGGUGCCGAAUUAUUUGUGCACCACAUAAAUUAAUAAAUUUGUUAGUGGGCUGAAUUACUUCCCGGACAUUUAAACGGAAGAUCGCGUUUUCUUGCCUUGUUAGCACAGUUUCCAACGAGUCUCGUUAACGCAGAUGUUUUGAAUUAUUACCACUCAUGGUAAACCUUACUAUAUCCGCAAACAAUUCACCAUUUUUAAAUUCAACUUUUUACCCACAUUUUAGAAGUAUUCUUAUUUGUCAAUAAAUCGUUUGUAGUUUGCCGACCUUCAUGAACUGUAUGCUUUUAAUUUCAGAUCUUUCUUUUGACGUCUUUAUAUACAUUUAAUAAUUUACCCAAUAUGAAUUCAACUCAUGUUACUACAUAGACUCUCCAAAUACUGAUAUUCAAUUUUACCGUUACCAACAUACACUAUGAGGUUUAUACAGCUAGUAAUUGGCUGUGAACAAUGUGUUUACUUCUUAUUCUGACUUUAUUUAUUCAGUAUACCCCGAGAACAGAAUGUGAUAUAUUUUCUCAGCUGGGACGAUAUGAGUUGUUUGAGAGACCAUCCUUUCGUAUUGCUCGAGAUAUUAAUGGACAACAGACUAGACAAACUGUAUUUUAUGCGUGGGGAAGAUCAUGGUAUUUGAUUCUUCAUCGUGAAACAUCGUUUCGCAAUUCUAACUUGUCAGUUAGAUUUAUUAAUACAAAUGGUACCCACUCUUUCUAUCCGAAAAUAAAAUAUGCAGAACUACAUACUGGUUAUGUAUCAGGUUCAGAUCGUUCAUUCGUAUUAGCUCAUUUGGAAGAAAACACGUUAAUACUCAGCGCUCAUAUUCAUGUAGACUCAGAUAUUUUUGUUAUCGAGCCAUUAUCCGACUACACAAACCAUUUUGGAAAUACUUCCAUGUUAAUGUAUCGUCUAAGAGAUAUUCAACUCAAAAAAAUACUGAAUAAUUCGAUGAGUUAUAAAUCAGCCACUUUAUUGGCCCUAGAAACUGGUAUAUUUGGUGCUUACAUUAGACGAAGACGUGCUAACCCCAUACAGUUACAACGUAGACUUUGUCGUCUUACCCUUAUCGUUGAUUAUGAUUUUUUCACUAAUUUAGGAAACAGAAAUGGACCUAAAACUAUCAGUCAUGUUAUUAAAGUAUUUGACCGGCUAAAUUACUUAUUUCUCACUUCAAAAUUUCUGAAUGAUAAACAUGGUGAAAUGACUGGCUACGGCUUUUUAUUGCACGAGAUCGUAAUUCAUGAGUCAGGGACAGCGGAUUACAGUCACUAUAAUUCCCCAACUGAUGUAGGUGGAAAAAUUUGGACAGCCACAUCCCUGUUGCGCGCAUUUAGUCGAUUUGAUGCUAAACAGUCUUGUUUGGCUCAUUUACUUAGUUACAAAAGAAUAGAUGAAGGCAUUUUGGGGAUGUCUUGGUUGGCCUCCCCGGAUCCAAAAAAGUUAGGCGGUAUUUGUUCUCCACCUCUCCGACGGCAUAAUAAAAAGAAUCUCUAUUUAAAUACAGGAUGGACUACUUAUGUAGAUUAUAAUGGUCAACAACUAGUAAACGCUUUGGCCGAACUAAUCACAGCACAUGAACUAGGGCAUAGUUGGGGCGCAGACCAUGAUCCUGACACUGAUGAAUGCAAUCCUACGGCGACAAGUUCUGGAAAAUACUUAAUGUAUACGUAUUCAGUUUCAGGUUAUGCUGAAAAUAAUGGAAAAUUUUCACCAUGUAGCUUACGAACAAUUGGCGCUUGUUUGGUUACUCGUGCUCCAUCAUGUUUUGAAGAUUCGUCUGUAGCUCUUUCAAAUCUUUGUGGUAAUAGUCGCAUUGAUGAAGGUGAAGAAUGUGAUGCUGGUCGAAAUCCAUAUGACCCCUGUUGUAGUUCUGAGUGUUAUUUUAGAACAGGUGCUCAGUGUUCACCCUGGAAUCAUGGUUGUUGUACGUCUGAUUGUCAGUUAGCACCAAAGAAUACUAUUUGUGCUCAAACUAGCAGUACUAAUCCUUGUUUAGGACCUGGUCAGUGUAAUGGUUUGUCAUCUGUGUGUCCAGGUCCAACACUUUUAUCCGGUAGUCAAUGUGCUGAACAUGGGCGAUGCUUUCGGGGUAAAUGUCAUCCGUUUUGUUACAGUCUCGGAUUGGAAACUUGUAUUUGUGAUUCAGUAGAAGAAUCCUGUUUGAUUUGUUGCCUAUUUCCAACAUCGAAUCUGACUACAAAUCAAAGUAAAGUAUGUCUUCCUGUAAUAUUGUCUCAAAAUGAAUAUCUGUUAUAUUAUAAACAGAAUAAUGGAAAACUUUCUGAGUCUUUUAAAUCCUAUUCAGUGAUUUAUCAUUCACAACAACCAACUGUAUAUUCUACGCAUAAAUUUUCACCAAUCUCGUCUGAUAUAUUACAACUGUACAAAAAAUAUUUAUCAAAUAAUACAUAUCAUUUUACUAUGAAUAAAACUCAAAAACUACCUACAGUUGAUUUGAAAAAUAUUAAUUCAUACAACCGUGAACAGCCUUUAGUACACAUUCAUCUGCAAGAUUAUCGACCAUGUCUUAAUGGUUAUUGUAUGUCGGGUAAAUGUGUUGAAUCAAGAAGUAAGAGGAUAUUACGGUUUUGGGCACCAGUUCAUUAUUCCAAGCAUAAGAAUUUCGGUACUAUUGCUUGGGAUAAUUUAGUAUUUUUUGCAGUCUUUUUAUCACUUCUUAUAUGGAUACCAUUGAGUGCAUGUGUUGCUUAUUUAAAUAGGUAUCAUGAACGACAUCGUUAA